UUUCCCCAAUUAAACACCCACAACACAAAUUUAUCAAAUUAAAUAUUUAAUAGCCGUUCUCUCUCAGUCUCACUCUAGAAUCUUCUUCGAUCGUUUCAAAGAAAAAUAACACACUCACUCCUGUGUCUCUCCAGAUCCUAUCUAAAAAUUGGAUUGUGGGCUUUCUUUAAAAAAAAUUGAGUAAUGGAGGAUUCUGAAGAGCAGCAAAGUCAACCCAUUGCCAAAGAUGAUGAAAAUGAAAUAGUUGCUGAAAGUGCUGCUUUUGUGCAUGAGGAUCCUCCUCAAAAUGGUGAUGGUCCCCCAAAAGUUGAUUCUGAGGUGGAAGUCCUUCAUGAGAAAGUCACAAAGCAAAUCAUUAAGGAAGGACAUGGUCAGAAGCCGGCAAAAUAUUCAACUUGCUUCUUGCACUACAGAGCAUGGACCGAAAGCACCCAGCACAAGUUUGAUGAUACGUGGCAUGAACAACGGCCAGUUGAAAUGGUCAUAGGAAAAGAGAAGAAAGAAAUGACGGGUUUAGCUAUUGGUGUGUCCAGUAUGAAGGCUGGUGAACGUGCCCUCUUGCUUGUGGGCUGGGAAUUAGGUUAUGGGAAAGAAGGAAGCUUUUCUUUUCCAAAUGUUCCACCUAUGGCUGAUAUAAUAUAUGAAGUUGAGCUUAUUGGUUUCGACGAAACCAAAGAAGGAAAAGCUCGUGGUGACAUGACUGUGGAAGAGAGGGUUGGAGCAGCAGAUAGAAGAAAAAUGGAUGGAAAUGCUUUUUUUAAAGAGGAAAAACUUGAGGAGGCAAUGCAACAAUAUGAAAUGGCCCUUGCAUAUUUGAAUGAUGACUUUAUGUUUCAACUGUUUGGCAAAUAUCGGGACAUGGCAUUGGCGGUUAAAAAUCCAUGCCACCUUAACAUGGCAGCAUCAUUGAUAAAGCUUAGGCGCUAUGAAGAAGCCAUUGCACAGUGCAGCAUUGUUUUAGCAGAGGAUGAAAACAAUGCCAAAGCAAUGUUCAGAAGAGGAAAGGCCAGAACAGAACUCGGGCAAACAGAAGCUGCCCGGGAAGAUUUUCUUAAGGCGCGUAAAUAUGCACCUGAAGACAAAGCAAUUGCAAGGGAAUUGCGUUUACUUGAUCAACAUGACAAGGCUGUAUAUCAAAAGCAAAAGGAGAUAUACAAAGGAAUUUUUGGACCACCACCAGAGCCAAAACCCAGGAUUAGUUUGGUGAUGCGUGUUCGGCAAUGGCUAAUGAUCUUUUGGCAGUGGCUGCUGGAACUAGUCUACUGCCUCUUUAAGCGCGAAAGGCACAAAACUGACUAGUUAAGGAGUCCAAACAAUUGACAAAGAAUUGAUGUUACCAAAUAGUUAGUCAAGCACAGAUGAACCAAAAAGUAACUGAUGCUUAAAUGUUAAAAGGUACCUAUAGUCUUACUGUUCAUGUCCUAUUGAAUUUGUACUCUGUAACUGGAUGUGCGUAGACUUUCAUGGUUUUGAAUAGUUGGCUCCAUAGAUGCAACUAUAAACUGAUUAGUAUGUGGAACAAUCUAUUUGGAAGAGCUAAUAUGUAUUUCAUUCUUCUCUUGCUUCA